AGCCCAAGCCUUGUGGCAACUUCCCGUGGGACACUGAUGACGUCACCGUCAGCUGUAACUACACCUACACUGACGUGAAGCAGUGGGGUUCAACUGAACCUCCCAUAGUUCUACAGGGCCGCUGUACCGUCACCUGCCUGCCAGAAGCCGACAUGUUGGUGGGUCCGCCCUAUUCUGACGACUCUUACGGAUACGGCGUGGAGGACGGAGCUUACUACUGCAACGUGGGCAACAGCACAUGGAUGGGAGCAGAACCCGUGUGUCUGGGUGGUUACGACAACUCCAACGUCAUCACGGACGAUACCAACACGGUCCGGCUGGUGGGGGGAGAGUUUUACGGCUGUGUGGAGCUGUACGAUGACGUCACGCGGCAGUGGGGGCCUGUCAGGGGGUGGAGCGCUUACCGUCAAGACAGAAUGUCCUGGGCCGACUUAGCGUGUAGAAACUUGGGUUUCAGGGAAGGGCUGGCUACAGCGGCCUACCGGUUAACAACAAGUGGAGACGUUAGUAGCUCAUGGGUUAGUCCCUUACAGUACCACUACCGCCAAUCCCACCCCUUCUACCCCUCCACUGUCCCCAAGUUCGUGGUUUCCCAGACCCUUCCCCAAUGGGAGAACGCGACUCUGCAUGACGCCAUAGACCGGGUGGUUCGGGGGCCCUGUCCGGACAAUGACUGGCGCUGCAGCAGUGACUACCGCACCAUGUGCCUGGCCUGUGCAGCAGAACGGACACAAGGCCCCACACCUUGUGGCGACUUCCCGUGGGACACUGAUGACGUCACCGUGAGCUGUGACUACACCUACACUGACGUGAAAAGGCCGUGGUCUCGGAACCCCCUAGUGCUACAGGGCCGCUGUACCGUGACCUGCCCGCCAGAAGCCGACAUGUUGGUGGGGCCAGUCUCCAACCCUUAUGGGGACGCAUACGGUUUGAAAGACGGAGCUUACUACUGCAACGUGGGCAACAGCACAUGGGUGGGAUCAGAACCCGUGUGUCUGGGUAAGGCUUUCACA